AUAGAUGUAAUACCUUUGAUUAUAGUAUAGUACAUAUAUAAUCAAAGUGUAAUACAUAUACAGUGGUUGUGGUAAAACACACCACGAGAGGAUGUUCUUAAGACACAGCCAUAUACGUCAAAUCUAAAAAUGAGGUUAAAUGCGUCCAACUUUCACAAUAACCAAAUCACAAAAUCACAAUAAUGCUGUAAGGUAAUGCAUCUAUGCAAUGUAAGAAAAGCUUCAGAAAUGUGCGUUACUCUCUCACGAAGAUUAGAUGCUUCAGACUUGUUAACAAUGCAAAAACGAUCAUUUCUGGGUUACUCCAAAAAGAAGCAGUAUCAAGGAAGGAAGCUUGUAGGGUAUUCUCCUGAACAAAUGUAUAAUGUCGUCACCGACGUUGAGAACUACAAGUACUUUCUUCCAUUUUGUAAGAAAUCUGAUGUUCUAUCUAGAAGUUCCUCCAAUCUUAGGGCGUACUUGGAAAUUGGUUUUCCUCCAAUUGUCGAAAGUUAUGUAUCUGAAGUGACAUUGAAUAGACCUAACUACACGAAAGCAGUAUGCAGAGAUGGAAAGUUGUUUCACUAUUUAGUAACGUAUUGGAAAUUUAGUCCGGGGCUAAGAAGUAACCCAUACUCCUCGAUUGUUGAUUUUUCUGUAGAUUUUGAGUUUAGGUCUGUACUUCAUUCAAAUUUAGCACAUAUGUUCUUCGAUAAAUUAGUGCAACAAAUGGAGGGAGCGUUCCUUGUUGAAGCAAAAAGACGUUACGGCCAAGAAACAUUACCUAGCCAUGUAUUGAGUAUACCAAAAAGUUGACGCUAUAGAAAAUUUUAGUUAAUUUAUUUUGAUGUCAUAUACUAGUUUAUUUUCUCAUUUUGGAUAAUUAGCCAUAAUUACUUAAGAGAAGGAAAUGCCUAAUAAUUUAAAUAAAAUUGCUAUCUAGUUA